UAGACUAGUUAAGUUUGAACAUGUAAAGCUGCAAGCAAGUAAUUCAAAGUCAACACAAAGAUGCGCUUCCUUCUUCUUACUCCCCAAUUAAUAUCUUUGUUGAUUUUUCCAUCUUGAUUCUAUUGCUCUACUCGAAAAUUAAAUCCAGGAACACAAAAUGGGUGUCUGCUUUUCUAUACAGUUGGAUAAAUCGUUGGAUCAGCUUGUUCCACCUUUUCUGCGUUACUUGUGUUGGAAUAACCUGGAGAACAAUCUAGAGUCUUUGCAGAGAUGUAUGCAAGAUCUCAGCGAGAUGAGAGAUGAUCUGUUGAGAUUGGUAUCGAAAGAAGAGGACAGAGGUCUACAAAUGUUUGCCCAAGUCAAAGUGUGGAUAUCAAGGGUCGGGACGGUUGAAUCGGAGACCAAUCGUCUGCUUGAUGAUAGUAUCGUUGAACUUGGGAGAUUUUCAAUGUAUGGCUGUUGUUCCCUGAUCUCUGGAUCGACCUAUCGGUACAGUCAAAAGGUAGAUAUGACGUUGGAAAAGGUUAAUACUCUGAUACGGGAGGGACGCUUUGAAGUUGUGACUGAGAGACUUGUGUCUCAGAGAGCUCCUCAUAAGCAGCAGCCGACUGAUCAUCAGCCGACUGGUUCUCGAGCAAACCUGCUUGAGAGUAUAUGGCGUCGUCUAAUGGACGAAAAUGUUAGUACUUUGGGUAUCUAUGGUAUGGGAGGUGUAGGCAAAACCACCCUUCUUGUUCAUCUCAAUAAUAAGCUCUCAGAAGUUGGUCAUAAUUAUGGAUAUGUGAUCUUUGUUGUUGUGGCGUCUAAAGAGAUCGAGGAUAUACAAGAUGAAAUCGGUAAAAGAUUAGGCCUACAGUGGGGACGUGAAACUAAAAAGGAGAAAGCAGCUGAAAUAUUUCAAGUCUUGAAGAUAGAGAGGUUUAUUUUGUUGUUGGACGAUAUACAGAGGGAAGGAGUGGAUCUUCAACGGAUUGGAGUUCCGCAGCCGAGCAGAGAGAAUGGAUGCAAAAUUGUAUUCACCACUCGUUCUCAGGAAGUAUGUAGACGCAUCAAGUGGGUUGAGGCUACUCUAUACGUUGAAUGCUUGCCUCCACAAGAAGCAUGGGACCUGUUUCAGAAGACAGUCGGAGAAUACGCGUUGACAAGUCAUCCAGACAUACCAGGGCUCGCAAGAGUAGUUGCUGAGAAGUGUUUUGGUUUGCCCCUAGCUCUUACGGUCGUCGGCAAGACCAUGUCAAGCAAAAGGACAGUACACGAAUGGCAUCAUGCAAUUCAUCUACUUUUGAGUUCAUCUAGUUCCGUGUUUUCAGGUUUAGAAGAUAUUUUAAGCGCUCUAAAAUUUAGCUAUGAUAGUCUGCCUGAUGAGGAAACCAGGUCAUGUUUCCUGUACUGUGCUCUAUUUCCAGAAGGUGAUGAUAUAAAAAGACAAGAUUUGGUAAACUACUGGGUAGGAGAGGGACUGGUUUCACAUGAUAUCAAGGGUUAUGAGAUGAUCAAUGAUUUGGUUAGAGCGUCUUUGCUGAUGGAAGAUGAAUCAGGAUAUGGUGUAAAGAUGCAUGGUAUGUUUCGUGAAAUGGCUUUGUGGAUAAUAGCAUGUGAUUACGAGAGACAAUAUUUUGUGGUGAAAGGGGGAAUAAAAAAGAUGCCAAGUGUCAUCGAUUGGAGAAGGGUUAGAAGGAUGUCAGUGACAGAUACUCAGAUUGAGAAUAUAUCGGAUUCUCCUGACUGUUCCGAGCUUACAACCCUAUUACUGCAACGCAACUACAACUUAGAAUGGAUCUCAGGUGACUUCUUUCGGAGGAUGGCAAGUCUUGUAGUCCUGGAUUUGUCGCAUAACAGUAAUCUUUCUGAGUUGCCAGAGGAAGUUUCAUGCCUGGUGUCGCUGCGACUUCUCAACUUAUCAGGGACGAAUAUAAAGGAUUUGCCCAAGAGUUUCGGAGAAUUGCUGAAACUGAUUCACUUGGAUUUAGAGUCCACAUCCAAUCUCCGAAGUAUCAGUCUGAUUUCAGGGUUACUGAAGUUGCAGGUUUUGAGAUUUUAUGGUUCUAAAGCUUCUUUAGAUCUCUCCUUACUGAAGCAAUUUGAGUGUUUGAAGUAUUUAAAACUUUUGACCAUUACUGUGAGAGAUGUCCAUGUUUUGAAAACUUUCUUACGAAGCAGAUUAGCUGGGUUUACGCAGGGUCUAUAUCUCGAAGGACUUAAAGUUUCAGGAGAAUCAGGAAAAUCAUUUGCAGCCACCUUUGGUGCGUUGGGUAGUCUUCGAAACGUUGAAAUGGUGAACUGUGAUAUUAUAGAGUCUGAUAUGGUAUGGGAAGAUGAUAGAAGACACCAGUAUUCCCCAUCCAAUCAAACCACUCCAAGAAAUCCAUGGUUCAUGAACCUCUCAACUGUGGUAAUACUCUCGUGCACACAUCUAAAAGAUUUGACAUGGCUGAUAUAUGCCGCAAAUCUUGUGUCUCUAACCGUCAAAGCCUCAUCUAUGAUGGAAGAAGUUAUAUGCAAAGAGAAGGCUGGGAACGUCGAGGUUGAGCCUUUUCAAAGGCUGCAAGUUCUUGAUUUAGAUGAUUUGAGUGAACUGAAGAGCAUCUAUUGGACUUCACUCUCUUUUCCAAGGCUGAGGAAAGUCAAUCUAACAAAGUGCCCGAAUCUGCGUAAGCUUCCAUUGAGUUCCACGAGUGUAGAGAAAAUUUAUGAUCUUCGCAUAGAAGUGGAGGAAGCAUGGCUACAAAGAGUUGAAUGGGAGAGUACUGAAGCUGAAGAGCGCUUUCGUCGUGCCAUCCACAGAGCUUCUGUUUAUUAACUCCGACAUGCAAGCCCGAGAAAGACCUAGUGCAACAAGCACAUAUCAGUGGAUGCAGUUCAAAGUUCCUCCUUUUGUUUUUUUUCUUGUGUUUUUACGGUAAACCUUAUUCGAAAUCGUUUGUCCUUUUUAACGGGUGUUUUCUGAAAAUAAAAUAAGGAACAAAAACUUCUGCUUUUGCUA